AUGAUUGGAGCAGAAGUGACUCAUGUGUUCAUCAGUUCUGGUGAAAAUGUCCGUCUGCCCUGUAAUAACGAUCUUUCUGACUGCAAAUCAACUACAUGGAACUAUAACAGUUUCAGUCGUUCAGCAGCAGAUGAACUGAUUGCUGGAGGGAUAAAGAAUAAAGACACAGAGAGACAUGAGAGACUGAGUCUGGGGUCUGACUGCUCUCUGAACAUCAAGAACAUCACAGAAGAAGAUUAUGGAUUUUACACCUGCCAACAAUAUGUGAAUGGACAAAAACAAGGAACUGAUUAUGUUUCUCUGCAUGUUCUUCAUGUUUCAGUGUCUCCAUCAUCAUCAUCAUCAUCAUCCUCACAGACUGAGAUCAGUCCAGGUCGCUCUGUGACUCUCUCCUGUCAGUUGUAUUCAUAUGCUGGAUUCUCCUGUGAUUAUUGGGUCCGUUCUGAGGGACUUCAGCUGUUGUGGGUGAAUCAGGCUGGUGUUGAUCUGAUGACAGACUCCAGAUAUCAGAUAUUAUUCUCAUCAGAUCACUGUAUCAUCACUCUGACUACAACACUCCUGAAUGAAGAUGACAACAGAGAGUGGAGAUGUCAGCUUACUCUCAGAAAUCAACUCCACACCUCAGUCAGAUACACUGUCAAGUAUUCAGGUGAGAAACAACUAUUACUACUGUAAAAUAUGAUGUUAAUGUCCUACAGAUGAACAUCUGAACAUUCAUCUUCUGAUUCAACAACACUGAUUCCAGUCAGCAGCUCAAACUCUGAGAAGAAAUCAAGCCAAACUACAGCAGCAGCUCCUACACAAGGUUCAUGAUCACAUGAUCACUGUCACACAUCAUCAGUCUCUCACUUCACUGGUUCACACUGGCUUUAAUUAAUCCAUCCUUUAAUUUGUACAGAGAAUCAGAAGUCAUUAAAUACUCCAAACUCUGAGAGGACAGCAGCUGCACAAACACCUGGAUUUACUGAACAACAAGAUCCAGCUGACACAGCAUCAGAAACUGAAGUCAGUGUGACUGCUGGAUCAUUAUUCAGAGGUACGACACGUUCAUUUCUACUGACAGCUUUACACCAUUAAACUAUCAGUCAGUCUGUAAAUGCUUCAUCAAUAACUGUUCAUAGUUUAAUCCCCUUGACUUCAGUCAUGUCCAGUUUCUCUUCUUCUUCCACACAUGUUUCCUGCAGUGAUUGUGAUUAUUGUUGAGAUGGCAGUGUUUGCUGCUCCUACUGUGAUUCUUCUUCAGAUCAUCUGUGCAAGAAGAGCU